CGUUCGUAUCUAAUCCUUUUUUGUUCGUUUGGCAUGGAUCUUGCACCAUUCGAAGUGUAGCUGUUGUUGUUAUUGUUGUUUUGGUGUAUAGGCGUUUAUCAUUAAGGAGUGAAUAUUUACGCGUCCGUAUCUUUACUAGUCUUGUCCUUUCAAGACCUAGAUUAUUUUUUCGCUCUGUUGUGCUAAAUUGACAAAUAAAAAAAAACAGAACUGCUCCCGUUAACCUCUUUUGUGUUCCUGCACGCUGAUGCUGGACGACCAUAGAUGUCGAAAUUACAUUACAACUGCGGAUCCUUUUGAAUAUAGAGCCAUAUUUUGCAUUUUUUGAGCAACAAGUGAAAUUCAUGGUACUCACGUAACUCAAACCUGUGGCCGGUGUAUAGGGCGCUUCAAGUACCAUGAUCAUCUAGGAUAGUGGUAAAUAACAUAACAUUAAUCAUCGGAUUUGGGGAAAUAAGGUUGGUGAUAUCAUUUCCACAAUUUCCGUGACUACAACAUGGAACACCGGUCUUCGAAACAAGUUUGUUUCCGGGGUUUUACAAUUAUUAUCCUUCUUACUGUGGUAACGACUGUGUCUGCCUCAAACUCUUCUCCGUGCAUAUCAGAAACAAUUGAUACGACUUGUACUUGCCUAAGCCCACCACCACGUCCACCUAGUCCAUGCUAUAAAGUGCCCAACCUUGUCGAGUCUGGAGCAACCCAUGACUCCGUCUCAGCGAGUUGGUCGGCACCUUGUGGAGUGUAUGGCUACAGAGUGACCUGUUCAAAUGGAUCAAACGUAGGACCACAAAACAUCAGUGCUGAUGAGACCAUGUUUACCUGUACCAAUCUACCAACCCCUGGAGCAAUUUACACCAUCACAAUCACGACAUUGUGUAGGAAUAGUGAAAGCAAGCCAUGUCAAAUUCCAAUAACAUCAUUAUAUAAUAUUACUCCUCCUGUUACUCCAGAGAGACAAACAUCCGACAAAUUUCCGUUAAUGUUCGUCUCUCUGCCCUGCUCCCUCGUGUUGAGUUUGAUCGCUGUUGCCCUAAUCAACAACUACAAAAAGCCCACAUACCAGGUGAAGACAAACAUUUCAACCUGCACCAAGGACAACGCAGGGGUAUUCCCUGUUGCUAACUGCAGAUUACCUUUUAGGGGCGGCCAAAAUGAAUCUACCGAAGAAGGAUUUAAUGUCACGAAAGAUACAGCCAAGCUCUCCGUAGGUGAUGACCAACCAGGUACACGUACUUCAUGCAUGUCGUACGAUAACGCAUCCUACGCACAUUUACGGGCCACUGUCCCAACAGGAGACCAACAAGACUUCGACACUGUCAUGUCAUACAAUGGCCUAAACAUUGAACUGACGAUGCCAUGCUAAGACAAGGAUCGUCAUCAUCAGGCGCGGAUCCAGAGGGAGGGGGGGGGGGGCGAGCUGGCCUUGGCCCCUAUGCCCCCCCCCCAAAAGAACAGAAUUUUCCUUAUAUUUUUUGCCAGGGGGGAUUUUCAAAUUGCCGGGGGCAAAACAACAA